ACAUCGAUCCUCACCCGAUUUAUUCCUACUCGUUUCUCUCAAAUUCCUAACACGUUCUUCACGGAUGAGGAAGGCGGGGAAGUGCGAUCCUGUGGCCAGAUUGAAGGAAGAGGGCAGCAGAUGCUGGGCUGUCUUCACCAGCUGCUCACUAAAAUGCACGACGUUGGGCCAGAAGUUGAGCGGCAUGUUCACAGCCGAUUCAAUUUGCAUGCUGAAGAGGACAAACUUACAACAGCUGAAACUGUCGUUCAGAUGCUGGAGAUCAGCGGGCGAGUGCAGCAGAUAAUUGAUCGGGGACGAAUGGCCCUCGAUCAAUUCAUUGCUGAGCUGCUGGCGAAGAUCUCCGAUGAAGCGGCCAAAGAAGAAGAUAAAGGGGAGGGAACCGAUUAUGCAGCUCUGCUAUGUAAGGAUCAUGGUGAGAAUCUCCGGACACUCCAGUACCUUGGCUUCUACCAGCAAGAGUGUAUGGGUUACACUGCUACAAAGCUGGGGUUGCCUUUCAGCCAAUUUGACAUCGACAAGGACUUGGAUCCGCUGUUCAAGGAGGCAUGGUGCAAGAAGCAUCCGCCACAGCUUCUUGUUCCUGGCUACGCUAUGCAACCUCCAAUUCCGAGGGUUGUGAGCACAGUGCCACAGUUGGAGGAAACUCCUGAGAGGAUGAAGCUCAUUCAAAAUGCCAUUCAGAUCGGUCAACUCAUUCAGAACCAGUGCCCUGGUUUCUUGCACAAUGCCCGACAGCACCACAUGGCAGGCUUCGCGGCAAUUGAAAUUGCCCAGACAGUGAGCAGAGUUUGGAACGAGAUGAAAAUGAAGGAGAUGAAAAUGGAGUGUGCUGCAAGGCAAAGCGGUCCAGAGGAGGCAACAGUUUCGACCAAUGGACCAGUGCUCUUGCCAUCAGCAAGGUCAAUGGCUGGCAGUCAAGCACCUGGCACUGAUUCAAACAACGCCUCAAGAGUGGAUGCAGAGGUUUCCAAUGACGGGCAAGGAGCAAUGGACGCAACUGAGAUACAGAAUGACAUUGGUACAGAAUCCAGAAAUUCAGGAGGUGGCAUUAUGCAUGAUGGGAAAACACAGGAAAGGCUCGCAGCUGUAGCAGGUCAAGAACUGAAUGGAACAGCAGCAAAGAAGACAUUCGGCUGGCGGGACUUGUAUAACAUUCCAGUCAAAUGGCGCCAGGUCUCAGAGCCAUGUGAUACAGUUGUCUGGGUCGACUUGCUGAGCAAAGAGGAGUUUGAAGCAGGUUUUGGAUCACACACACCAAUGGUACAGGGUCAAUCAAGAAUAGUUCGGUACUAUCCCAACUUUGCAAGGGCAUUUGCCCUCAUGAAGCAGACUAUGCUUGAAGCUGGGGAAGUGUACAAUGGUGCCAACAAUCCUGUGUCUGUAUCUGAUACUGUUCUCCAUGAAAGAAUCAUUGCAGCCAAAGACUGCAAGGACCUUUAUCCAAUUGUUGGGGAGGACUUCUGGGUUGUGACACCUUGUGAAGGUCUCCACACAGGAAAAGUUCUUGAGGGGACAAGAUUAACUCUCCAGAAAUCGAUGAUGCCUUCAAUACGCAAUGGCUACAACUUCUCUAUCCGGACCCCCGGAACGCCACCGCGUUGGGCAGACUAUGAUGCAGAGCUGGAAGCAGUCUGGAAGGAGCUUUGCGACGCUGUGUGUAGCAGAAAUGCAGAAGAGAUCUCCAAAGAAGAGAAGACCAGAAUACAAGAUUGUAUCUUGACACUUUCAUUUUAUUGGUAUAACUUUAUGCCUCUGGCACGAGGAACAGCAGCUGUUGGGUACAUCACCCUCCUUGGCCUCCUCAUGGCAUGUGGGCUUCAGCCAACAGCAAGAAUCCCAAAGGGUGUCCAGGUUGAUUGGGAAGCGAUUCUGACACGUCAUCCCGAGCAAUUCAUUAGCUCGAUCAGAACCUGGCUGUAUCCAUCCAUAACAGUGGUCAACGGCGCUAAGUGUGGGGCAUGUGACUCACUGCCUGUUAUCAGUGAGGCAUUACCGACACUGGCAGAUGUGAUUGGGGCUUUGAAUCGCAGUGUGAAGUUAUGACAAGAAUGCGCUGUUAGACGUUAGGAACUGAUCUUUGAAAUGAUGUUUGGAGUGAUGGUUGCUGCAUGAUAACAAUUCCACUGCUGAUUUGAGAAGGUGACCGCUUUUGUCUGGUGAUUCAGAAGCAUAUUUUGUGUUCAUCUCCUUCCAAAGCCCAGUUGGGUUUAAGGUGAAGACCUUAGGCCUUAGUGGCUACAUUCAAGGAACAAAUGUUCAACUGAGAG